AUGUUCUCUGCAUUUCGGUCUAUUAUUCAAUUUAGAAUUUUUGCUUCAAGUAGAGUUGUGCAGGAUCCUGUUUAUAAUGAGCCAAGUAUUCUACCAGCAACAGGAGCAAGCAGAAAAACUUUAGCAGCAUUACAACCUAUGGAUAUCAAUGGAAAACCUUUAAUUGGAGAUGGAAAAAGAGAAGAUUUAGGCGGGGCAUACUUUAAACAAUUGGCUAUGUCGUGGGAGUAAA